UGCUUCCCUUCAUUGCUCCCUCUCCUCUCUCUCUCUCUCUCUCUCUCUCUCUCUCUCUCACUCCCUCCUAGCCCUUCCUUUUCUUAGUUCUCAUCAAACCCCUAUCACAAUUUCCUCUCUCUCCUCCAAUACUUCUUUCUCUAAGCUAGCUCUUGGUCAACACCAAAUUCUGGGUUUUUUUUUGUGAGCAUGGAAGGCCAAGAAGAAUUACUCGUGACCAAUGAUCAAGCGUCACAGAUGAUCAUGAUCAAGGGCAGGCGUACCAAGCGACAGAGGCCUCAGUCCCCAAACGGGGUGGUCACCGUGGCAGUCACCUCUAGCUCAUCCAGCGCCUGUGGCGCUGGUACUAUUGGAGGAGGAGAUCACGAUUACAAUUAUUGUGGAAAUUCAUUCACAUCUCCCACAACUUCUGGUGAGAUUUAUGAGAGCACGGAAGAAGAAGAGGACAUGGCAAAUUGCCUAAUCCUCUUGGCUCAGGGUGAUCAUGUUAAUCCAAAGCAGACCAUUGAAGAAAGACUAGCACAAAAUACUAACAUGGGCAAGGCUGGUUUUUUUGUCUAUGAGUGCAAAACAUGCAACAGAACUUUCCCUUCAUUUCAAGCACUUGGUGGCCACAGAGCAAGUCACAAGAAACCGAAGUCAAUGAGUAGCACGGAGGAGAUGAUAAAAAAAUCACCACCAGCGGUGGCUCCACCAACCCACCAUUUCAUCACAGCUACAACUUUUGAGGAAUUUGAAGAUCAAAGCAAGCAGUUAAUCAAAUAUAAGAGCAGCCCACCUCCUGCAAUUCCAAUCCAAGUAGGUAAUAAGCCUAAGAUUCAUGAGUGUUCGAUCUGCGGGUCUGAGUUCACAUCUGGUCAAGCACUUGGUGGCCACAUGAGAAGGCACAGAACUGCAUCUGCAGCAACCAAUAGUAACACUACUAGUGGUAGUGCUACUGCUACACAUGUGGCUGUGAAUAAUAGUAGCAAUAAUAUGAUUGGCACAAGUACCAAACUGCAGAGAAAUGUUCUCCCACUGGAUCUAAACCUUCCUGCACCAGAAGAUCAUGAUCAUCACCACCAUCACCAUCAUCGUGAGUCUAAGUUUCAGUUUGUGCCUACCCAACAAGCUACCCUUGUCUUCAACGCCCCUGCUUUGGUGGAUUGUCAUUAUUAAGAGAAAAAGAAAAAUAAGAAAAAGAAAAAGAAUCUUUAAUUAGUAGAUCAUCUCAAUGUGAAUUAUAAGCAUUGUUAUUUUCAAUUUUUACUAUUGUUGAGUUUUUUUGUGGAAUAUAAAUUCUUUGAUCUA